AAGCCGUCAUCAUCAUCGUAACAGAUAUAAAAUACGCAACCGCUAUAUCAGCGGUUUCGAAUAUUACGGGAGAUCGCGAGUCGCAUCGGGCCAGUAGCAAACUCAUCGACAAGGCCGACGGAUCAUAAUUUUUUAAAUUUAAUAAACCCGUCAAGCUCGCGGCAUAAAACACUAAAUUUUAUCAGUGAUUUAAAUUUUUUAAAUAAAUAAGUCAAGAUGGUAUGUUCUAUUGAUGAUGAUCUUGCCGAUGAAUUGCCAGCAGAACAAAUUGCUGUUUUACGCAAAGCUUUCGACAGUUUUGAUAGAGACAAGAGCGGAAGUAUCCCCACAGAUAUGGUAGCGGAUAUUUUACGAUUGAUGGGACAGCCGUUCAAUAAAAAAAUCCUUGACGAAUUGAUCGAUGAAGUUGAUGCUGACAAGUCCGGAAGAUUGGAAUUCGAUGAAUUCGUAACACUGGCAGCUAAAUUUAUUGUUGAAGAAGAUGCCGAGGCUUUAGAAAAAGAACUUCGUGAAGCUUUUCGAUUGUAUGAUAAAGAAGGUAAUGGAUACAUACCAACAACUUGUUUACGUGAAAUAUUACGGGAAUUAGAUGAUCAAUUAACUGACGAAGAGCUUGAUAUUAUGAUUGAAGAAAUUGAUUCUGAUGGAUCUGGUACCGUUGACUUUGAUGAAUUCAUGGAAAUGAUGACUGGAGAAUAAACCCGGCAUUGAAAGACGCAGAUAAUUAAAAUCUUUUUUUUUUUUUUUUCAACAAAACAAAUAAAAUAAUUAAUAACUUAUUAAUUGUUUUGGCAUUAAAAAAACUUUCAUACGUAUUUAUUUUUAUUACAACUAUUAAAAGUAUUUAAAGAUAUUGUUAAAAAAAAUAAAAUAAUAAAAAUAUUUAUUAAAAUAAAAAGA